ACUUGUUGACGAUAAGGUUCUGUUUCUCCAGGUGAAAAUAUAUGCUCCAGUUUGCGAGAGCGGACGACAUAGUCGCCUUUAUAUCAGAACUUGCACUUGUCGCAUGCUUUUCAGAUAAAAAUUGCGAGGGGUCCCUCAUUAUGUCUCGCAGAAAAGUGGAUCUCAUCGUCAAAUUUGGUGGGAGCGCAAUUACGAACAAGAAUCAAUUAGAAGUUCUCAAACAAGCUGAACUCGACAAGGCUGCCAUAUUGAUUGAAGAGUGUAUCCAGAAGAACAUGACCUGUGUAGUUGUGCACGGAGCUGGAUCCUUUGGCCACCAUCAAGCGAAGCAGCACAGCGUCAACUCCGGCUUCCUUCAUCUGGAGGCUGCAGCAGCACAUGCUGCAAGAAUAGGCUUCUGUCAAACACACACAUCAGUUGCUAAGUUGAAUAGUCUUGUGGUCAAUAGCCUGAUACAACACAAUGUUGCAGCAGUUCCCUGCUCGCCAUGCAGUUCAUGGGUGACGAGAAAUAAGGAGGUGAUUUCUUCAGGCCUGGACACACUGAGUCAUCUGCUGGACGCAGGGUUCGUUCCGGUGAUCCACGGAGACACUGUCCGAGACACCAACAUCGGCGGAUGCAUCCUCAGCGGAGAUACCAUUAUCAAGACUUUGUGUGAAGAGUUCACCGUCCACCAUGUUGUGUUCCUCACUGAUGUAGACGGCAUCUAUGACCGACCUCCAGACCAGACAGGAGCUGUUUUACUGCCAUGUAUUGGGGUAAAUAAACAUAGACCUCUCGCGAUUGGUACAUCUUCAUCUGACGUCACUGAUGGCGUGAUACGGACGUGUCCUGAAGAAAGGGAUGGACAGACAACAAUAUCAACAUCUGCGUCUCCGUACGACGUUACUGGAGGCGUCCAGCUGAAGAUUGAGACUGCACGGGAUAUUGUUGUGACAACACAGGGGGAAACCAAAGUUCAUGUGUGCAAGAUUGGUUCGGACUCAUCUCACGCGCUGUGUCUGGGGCAUGAUGGGGCAUCAUUCACAGGAACAGAAAUAGUGCUCUGAAGAUGAUGAUAGUUCACGAACCACAAGUCACCUCCGAUGUGAGAAUAAGUCUCAAUAAAUUGUCAACUUGGGGACUUAACAUUUGAUAUUCUGGAGA